UAACCAUUAUAAAAUGAAAAAUAGUUCUACCCUACUAUCUCUAUUGUUUGAGCCGCAUCUUUUCUUUUCGUCUAUUUUUUUCUUCUUCUCUCUUAAUUAUCAUUAAUUUAAAAAAUCACAAUCUUAACUUUUAAUAUAACUAAUAAAAAGACUCUCUUUAUUAGGUUUGCAUUCACAAAUCCUUAUUUCCCCCUCUUCUCUCGUCUGCAAGCUCUCCCUAUCUCUGUUUCCGGCCGGUCGUCGAUGCCGCUCGCCUGCUCCGUUUGUCGUCGCCCACCUCGCUUCACCUCGAAAUCUUUGUAGCAGCAGCCUGCCCCUGCUCCGCCUCAGUGCGCCACUGUGCAACCCAUCAAUUUCCGUCGUCUUGCUUCCUCCGGCGACUCUGUAGCAGCUACCGACACCUCUCCAGCCCAACGGCUAAUAGCAUUAGCAGUAACAUGUUUACCAAUGAUCAGAGACAAAAGGAGCGUACUGGAAAAUAUGGAAGUCCAAGAUUGCAAUAUCUCCAGGAACUGGUUGCACAAUUUCAAAAUGCAUCCGAUGAAGAAACAAAAGAGAAAAUUGUUGCUAGUUUGGGAAACUUUGCUUAUGAUCCUUACAAUUAUACAUUCUUCCGUCAGCUAAAUAUUUUGGAACUUUUUCUGGACUGCCUAACAGAGUCCAAUGAGAGGCUUGUGGAGUUUGCAGUCGGAGGAAUUUGCAAUGCUUGUGCUGAUCCAACAAAUGCUGCAGUAGUCAUUCAAUGUGACGGUGUUCCUCUUGUCAUCCAGUGCUUAUCAAGUCCUGUUAGAAAUACGGUGAAUUACGCUAUCGGGGCUCUGUACUAUCUGUGUAGUGAAAAUGCUGAGCGUGAAAUUUUGAAACCAGAGGUACUGGAUGCUAUCAAAAGAUUUGCAGCAGCUGGUGCAGUUAAUGGAAGCUUUAGCAAUCUUGCUCGGGCCUUCUUGGAUAGGUAUGUAUCUAAAAUUGACUGAGCGGAGCUUGCUGGUAACCUGCUGAAUAUUGUCGGGACAAUGGAUAACGAGUAAAACUGGACAUCCGUUAGUGUUAAUAUUGGGUCAAUUUCCUCAAUGAAAAAUAUGUUAGUAUUGCAGCAUAUAGUGAGAGCAGAUUAUUAGUGAUUGUUUCUAGAUAUCAAUGAGAUGGAGAAGUUAUGUUUCACCUCUCUUAUUACACUCUUGGAUGUUUAAGCUUGUAAGUUGGUAACUAUGAUCCUGCAGUUUGUAACUGUGACAUACAGAAAUCCAAAUGAAAAAUCAUGAAUAUUGAAAUAGCAA